AAUAAUCUUUCCGUGUUUGGUGACGUUGACGGUUGACGUUACUGACAUAUUCAGAAUUCUUCCUUCUUUGAAAAGGUUAUUUUUGUGAGUGGACGCGUUUCGUGUCUUUGGACUUAAUAAAAAUGCGUUACGUUGCUGCUUACUUGUUGGCCGUUUUGGGUGGAAAAGCUUCCCCCGGUUCUGGCGACAUUGAAAAAAUUCUUGGCUCGGUAGGAAUUGAAGCUGAUGGAGAAAAACUGAAAAGGGUUAUUUCAGAACUAAAUGGAAAAUCUAUUGACGAAUUAAUUGCACAAGGUCGGGAGAAACUGAGCUCAAUUCCAGCUGGUGGUGGUGGAGCUGCUCCAGCUGCAGCUGCAGGAGGUGCUGCACCAGCUGCUGAAGAAAAGAAAGAUGCCAAGAAAGAGGAAGCCAAAGAAGAAUCAGAGUCAGAUGAAGACAUGGGCUUUACUCUUUUCGACUAGGUUUUAUAAUUUAAUUGUUUUUUAAUAAAAAAAAAUAAUUAAAAUUUUACCGUUUUCCUUU